AAACAAAAAAACACACACACACACACACUGCCACAUACAAAAUGGAACGCAUGUGGCGCAAAGUGAAUCACAGCCUGCGCAACAACAAAUCACAGUCGCAGUCACAGCAGUUGGGCAACUCCCCCGCUGGCGCUGCCGCUGGCUCUGCUGGCGCCGCAACGCCGCAGUCGAGCGACACCAUCAGCUCGGCGGGCGGAUUUGGGGAUGCGCAGCUUGUCGUCGCAGCGACCGCAACAACAGCAGCAGCAUCAGCAGCAGCAGCAGCAGCUGGCGGCAGCAAUGCGACCGGUCGACGUUUGGCAAGCAGCGGAAUGCCGCCAUCCAAUUGCCACAAAUCGCUCAGUCAGCAUGUGCUGCAAACGCGUACAGCUUCCUCGGAACGUCGACGGCGACGUCGGCGCAAGAGUCGACCGCGACGCAGCGGCGGCAUGGCCAGUGUGACCAGCUGCGUUGGCGACGGCGGCGGCGAUAAUAUGUCUUCCUCUGGCGGUUUCUACACGCUGAAGGAGCACCAUCAGCACUACCGACACAACCACAACCAUAAUCAUAAUCAUGGCAGUGGCACCGUUUCGACAUCGCAUCGCCUCUUUGCCAGCUCGGCACCCAGCGGCACCGUUAUGAUGUAUCCAAAUGCACGGCGUGCAACAAACUCAACAGCUGCAUCUGCUGGAGUAGCAGCAGCAACAGCAGCAGGAGGUGGAGGAGCAGGUGCUGGCGUAGGUCCUGCUGUAGCGUUGCCAACACCGCCGGACAUCUCGUUGAGGCAGCGAGCGGUUGCCAAGUUGCGCAUGUUCAACUUUCACCUCAACUGGGAUCUGCAUAUGACGCACUGCAAGCCCUGCGGCCCUCGUUUGAGUGGCAGCGGCAAUAUUAUUACGCGUCGCCUUUGCCGCAAUCGUCGACGGGAGGACAAUGAGCUCUAUCGUUCGAAUAGCUUUAAGUUCGAGCGUUUCGAGCGCAAGGAGUGCCUCGAGGAGCUCUCCAACACAUUGCAGAAGCAGAUUGCCAUCUGUGAUGAUUACAGCCUGCCUGUAGACUUUGUUAAGAAACGACCGUCCAGUUUCGAUCCCUGCCUGGCCGAGGCAAUACCAACAAAUCCGGAGCAUUGGAUAGCGCCCAGUCCACAAACUGAAUUUCUGCCAUUUAACGAAGCCCAACAAGCGUCACAGCAACAGCAGCAACAACAGCAGCAGCAAUCGACAGCAGCAGCGCCGCCGCCACCCGCCCCUUUGUCGACAUUGCCCAGUCAACCAGCAAGUGCAGCAGUAGCAGCAGCAGCAGCAGCUAUUUUGGGCAGCAACAAUAAUAACAACAAUAACGGCAACGGUAACAACAACAACUGCAACAACAGCCAACAUCAACAGCAGCAGCUGCACGCGCACAACAACAACACAUUGCCAGCGGGGCCACAGCAACAGCCGCAGCAACAGCAACGCGCGACAUUGCAACAUCCACCGCUGCCCAACAGCAACAUCAAGCAGGCAUCCGUCAAGCUCAUCGAAGGUUACUCCGAUCCCAAGGAUACGCGUCAUCAGGCCAAGAAGGUCUAUCACAAGAAGGUCAAGCGACGCUCAGCGCCAACACACAAACAGCGACAGCAGCAACAGCAACAGCAACACCAGCAACCGCGACAACAUCAACAGUUACAAACGUUGCCAACACCACGCGGACAUCAGCAGCAGCUGCAGCAACAACAGCAGCAGCAGCAGCAGCAUCAGUUGCAACAUCGCCACUCCACAUAUAAUAACAAUAACGUUAACCACAAAAGAGACAAGCGCAACAGCAGCCAUUACAAUUCAGAUUCAUCGGCGCCCAAAUCCUCUGACGAGGAGGCAGAUAUUGACGAGGAAGUAGAGCGUGCGCCACCACCACCACCACACCCAACAAUAGCAACAGCUGGAACUGUAGCAGGAGGUGUAGUUGGAGCUGGAGCGGCGCCUGGUGGUUUACUCAACUCACCGGAUAGCAUAACGGAUGAUCUGGUGCGACCGCUUCCACCGCAACUGCAGCGUAGUCCACGCAAAUUAACCGUUGCACCAUCUGAGUACAGCAAGAGGCAGCCAUCGCCAUACUACUACUCGGAUCUACUCAAGAGUCGCGACAAGCCAGACGACAAGGAUAAGGAGCAGGAUAAAGAUAAGGAUAAGGACAAGGACAAACAAACGCUCGAUCGUGAAACGAAACAAAAGUGCCGCCAAUCGACGGCCAGUGAGCCACCCCAGCAGACACAACCCCAUCUGGGUGGGGGGUAUCGGAAGAGCAGCAGCUUGGAUGCGCCACAGCGCGAUCAGGAGGAGGAUAACAACGUCGAUGAGUUGGCACUUAUUGCACUACCACUCAACGACGGCGAUCCACUUGACGGCGAGCCACUCGAUGACCUAGAGGAGGCCUGUCUAACCGAACAGUCCACCCCAAAGCGUUAUAGCUUCACUGAGGAGGGUGUGCGCAUCAUUCGGUGCGAGACACCGAGCACGAGCACAUCCGAGGAGUCCGAUUGCAGCGAGUGCCUCAAGCGACGCGAGUGGCAUGCUCGUGCCUUGGCUUUAGUCCGUAAAACGUGCAACGUUCAGCCAAGACAACAUUUGCCCAAUAGCAGUGGGGAACUGCAGCUGCAACUGCAACACUGUGACGCCGGUGAAGGUGAACUGCUCAAGUGUUGUCCACCUCCAUUGGGUUUGGGUACUGGAAACGAAUUCGGUGCCUGCGAUUUUGGCGGGUCGAUGCCGCCGCACCGACUGCUGGGCCCAGCAGCCGUGUGCGGAGCCUGCAUACCAGCAGCGCCCAGCAGUCAACUGAAUCUGGGCCAUGAUGAUAAUGAGCUUGACGAGAUUGAGGAAUAUUUUCGGCCACGCAGCAUUUUCUAUGUGCAUCCGCAUGGCGUCCACGAGUGCGUCGAAUGUGCGCCACCUAACCAAGCAAAGACAAAGACAAAGACACAGUUGCUAGAGACGAGAGCCGGAGAAGUCGUCGAGCAGCAGGAGCAUCCGCUGAAAGAAGAGUUAGUCCAGCAGGAGGAAGAGGAGGAGGAGGAGGAGGAAGAGGGAGAGGGAGAGCAACUGGGGGACUCGGAUUCCGACAACAUGGCCAGUCGACGUCGUCAGAUCUAUGAGACGGCCUUUGAUUGCAAGAUUGCCAAAUCGGAUGAUGAUCUCGAUGAGGUCGAUCGCAUAACCAAUCAUUGCGUGUUGCUGCAACUGAGCAGCAAUGGCAACGAUCUGUUGCUGCCACCGCCGCCGCCACCGCCGCCGUCCAGUAAAUCGCGACUUGAAUGCAAGCGCGCCAAGAAUAGCAAGAAUCAAGCACUGCAGGAGCAACUGUUGCAGCAACCAAAGCAACAACAGCUGCAGCUGCAGCAGCAGCAACAGCAACAAUCACCCGAUGGUCCUGGUCAGGUUGUGCUGCAGGUUCAAGCGGAGCUUAGUCAGCUGCAGAUCAGUCAAACAGAUCAGCAGAAUCAGAACCAGAAUUCAACUCAACAACAACAGCAGCAGCAUCAGCAGCAGCAGCAGCAGCAACAGUUGCCCGCACGCGGUUACACCCCUUCGCCACCCUCCACCGCACCGCUACCGAUCAAAUUUCCGGGUAAACAUGAACGCUACAUGAACAGCAUUAAAAGUGCACCAAAUUUGCCGGCGGCACAACCGUCGCAUCCGCGUUUGCGCGACUUGCGUUUGCCGCUGCAGCAAUCGUCGCUACGGCAGCAGCAACAAUUGCAGCUGUGCGCCAGCAGCAAUGACAACAGUCUCACCGACAGCGCCUACGUUAAUCCGCCCUCAACCAAUUCCAAUUCAGCAGCAGCGUCCGUUUCCGCUUCUGUCUCAGCCUCGGCCUCAGCCUCGGCAUCCGGAUCAGCAGCAGUGGCAGCAGCAACUGUUGUUGUUGCACGUCGACCACGAAGCUUUGUCUUGGAAUCGGGUCGCGUUUUGGAGCUGCGUCGCAGCGCUCAACCGCAUCAGCACCAGCAGCGACAUCAUCAUCACAGCAGCCGACACACGCACUCACAGCAUCAACAGCAUCAACAACAACAGCAGCAUCAGCAGCAGCAACAACAACAACUGCAGCCGGGCGCAAGGCGGCACAAUUACAGCUCCACAGAGAGCAUUGCGACCUCGUCGAGUGGCGGCAGCAUGGAAUCGCUGCGAUCCAGCACCAGUGAGGGCAAUCGCAGCACCUCCAGCUCCGAGUCGCGACACUCCAGCUCACUGAGCUCCCACAGCUCCGAGAGUAACAGCAACAACAGUGGCAGUGGCAGUGGCAGUGUCAGCUCUAGUGUUGCCUAUCCGCUACGUGCACCCGUUUUGCUGCACUCCAAGUUGCACAUCCUAAGCCCCAUAUCGGACAAGUCCUCGCAGGAGCCGGCCUCAGCCAGCGCCAGUUCCGAGCAGUCACAGCAACCGGCAGCAGCAGCCAAUUCAGCAUUAACAGCAAACCCAGCGGCAGGCUCACAGGAGCAGGCAGCGGAUGCAGCACUAGCUGCCACUGUUACGGCUGCUCCCGUGCAGCUGCUGAUCAAGUCACGCGGAAGUCAACGGACUGCUGCUGCACCCAACAAAGCACUGCUUCAUUUGGCCGACGAGCUGCUCGGCUCGGAUAGCGGUAUUUCGUUGCAUUCACGCGAGGAUGGGAAAGUGCCGCAUUUGGCGUUGCAACGUUUAACGUUGCCCAAGCUGCAGCUGCAGGGUGGCGGCAGUACCGCAGAUACAUCGUCAUCGGGUGCAGCUGGCGGUGCAGCCGGCGCGGCAUCCUCAUCGUCGGCUCUGCCGCAGGAGUUGCGCGAUUUGCCGUUUGAUAUGCCAAAGUUACGACGCCGCAAGACGUUGCAACAGGAGGCAUCCGCCUGUACAUCGGGUAGUGCCACCUCCGUUGAUCUCGGCGACUUGCCAUUCGACAUGCCCAAGUUGCGGCGGCGCUUGCGUGCCAAUCAGGCGGAGAUUAACAAUCUAAUGAUGCACAGCACCGAGUCUAGCGGUAUUUCACAAGCAUCCUCGAGCCAUUCCAUGCGCGACGAGCAAAAGCUGGCCAGCAAACUGGACACUGCGCUUUUCCGCCAGAAUCUGACACUGAAUCUCAACGAGCCUCGUCAGGUGAGCAAACAGUUUGGCAGCCUCGAUCUGCGCGGUCUGAGCAGCCACAAGGAGCUUAAUAUGAAUCUGGGCCAGGGCUACGUCACAGCGGUCGAUCUCAUCGAUGUGACCAUACCACUAGAGCGACAGGGCUGGUACCACGGCGCCAUCACACGCAUUGAGGCGGAGACAACGCUGCGUCCUCUGUCGGAGGGAUCAUUUCUAGUGCGCAAUUGCGAGUCCACCAAACAGGAUUACUCCCUAUCGCUGAAGGGUGCUAAGGGAUUUAUGCACAUGAGGAUUCAGCGCAACGAGGCCGGCCAAUAUAUCUUAGGUCAAUUUAGCCGACCUUUCGAGACGGUGCCCGAUAUGAUCCGACACUUCUGCCUGAAUCGGUUGCCGGUGCGUGGAGCGGAGCACAUGUGCCUAAUCGAACCGGUUAUCGCACAGCUGCUGUAAACUGAGCGCUGUUAACUAGCAGAGCCGUUAGCUGUUAACUGUUAACCGUUAACUGCGAUUGCAGUACAGAAUUCCACAUACAUAUUGAUAGCAUAUAGAAGCAAAGAUGAGUAAUUCUCUAAGUGGUAUAUACAUAUAUACAUCUUUAUACUAUAUAAAAUAUAUACAUACAUAUAUAUUAUAUAUUAUAUAUGGUAAAUGUAUGCACUAGUUAUAUGCUCUAAUCUUAACUAUCCAAUUGUUUCUACUCACCAUCAAAAACUUUGGUUAUACUCGUAACAUUUCCAUUUCAUUCACAUACAGAAUGAUAAACAAAAAUUGAUCGAUACAAAAUGGGUAUAAAGGAACACGAACUAUGUAGCUUAGAGUUAAAAAAAGAAACAGUAAAAGUACGUAGCACUUUCAGACAAUACGAGAACAAAACGCAAAACGCAUUAAUCCAAAUGGAAUAUUUAUACACUAUAUACAUACCAUAACUCUCUAGAUCUUCACUCUAUUCUAGAUAGAAUGAGCACUUGACACAGUUGCUAGGCGUAGUUGUUCACAACAUACACGAAGUUUACAAGUACUUUUUUUUUGUAAACAUGUUUACACGACACGUAAUUCACGAUUUAACACAAAACCAAACAAAACUAAAAAGAAAACGAAAACGAAAUGCAACUGGAACACACACAGACACACACUUCUCUAUUCGUAUCUAACGAUAUCACGCGUAUAUUAAAUACUUACAAAGUCUAAGAAUACUACGUAGCAAAGACACAAAAACAAACAGAUCACAUACUCCUUAAGCCCCGUUCAUACUGCACGAUAAAUGGGAAACAUAUGUUUACAUUUGCGCUAUAUAUAGUCUGUUUUUUUUUUAUCGGGGCAGCAAACUCUAUA